CACACACACACAUUCAACAGCCACACAAAGCUGUGUCGCUCCGUGUGUGGCUAUUAGUAGACACCUUGCGUUUCCGCCACGUGUAGUGAAGAAGAGUAACAUUACGCAUAUUUUCCCUCAUGUCGCCGACGCGCUUUUGCUCGUCUACGAUAUGUACUCGUCUCCUACUAACCGUAGCAACACGAUGACGAUACAGUAACAGGACCAGCGUUUUGCCAAGUUUGACCAGAACCUCCUACAUCAGGAUGACGGGGCGAAUGGACGCCCCUCAGGACCGGGCCUGCUUAGUAGGAAUCAUCUUCUUCAUUCUGGGCUUGGGAACUCUACUACCAUGGAACUUCUUCAUGACUGCUUCCAUGUAUUUCCAGGGCCGUCUGAACACAACAGAAUGGAGCAAUGGCACGGUGGUGGUUCGCAAAGAGUACUACUUCAACAACUGGAUGACCCUGCUAUCCCAGCUUCCCCUGCUGCUCUUCACCCUGCUCAACUCCUUCCUCUACCAGAGGAUAUCGGAGGCGAUGCGUAUCGCGGGCAGCUUGGUUUUCAUUCUGCUGCUCUUCAUGCUCACCGCCGUUUUGGUUAAAGUGCCCAUGGAGGAGGACCGCUUCUUCUCUAUCACCAUGGCCACUAUUUGGUUCAUCAACUCGUUCGGGGCCGUGCUGCAGGGCAGUUUGUUCGGCCUGGUGGGCCUGCUGCCUCUGAGAUACAGUGCCAUCUUCAUGAGCGGCCAGGGCCUCGCCGGGACUUUUGCUGCUGUCGCCAUGCUGCUAGCCAUAGCCAGUGAUGUCGACUCUGAGACAGCGGCUUUGGGAUACUUCAUCACACCGUGUGUCGGGACCCUGGCCACACUGUUUAGCUACCUGCUCCUGCCCCGUCUGGAGUUUGCCCAGUUCUACUUGAACAGAAGCAGCCAGUACGAAGCAGGCACCACAGAUGAACUGCUGAAAGAGACCAGCGCGGUAGAGAACAGCAAGCUGAACGGCCACGCCAGCUGCCCGGUGUCCAACGGUGGAGCCGGUGUUGGCAGUGCGGCUGAGGCUGAGGCUGAGGCUGUGGCUGAGGCUGAGGCUGGAGCCAGUCCAGACGGGGCCAAGCAGGCCUUCCUGUCCUUGGAGCAGGCUGAGAGUGCCAACACCAAAUCCUCAGUCAAAGAGGUCUUCAAAAAGGUGUGGGUGAUGGCGUUCUGCGUGACGUUUGUGUUCACGGUGACUCUGUCCGUCUUCCCUGCAGUCACCGUGGACGUCAAAACCUUGUUCCCAGGGAAAUGGGAGCGCUUCUUCAUUUCCGUGUGCUGCUUCUUGAUGUUCAACAUCAACGACUGGCUUGGCCGGACCGUCACGACCUGGAUACAGUGGCCCCGCAAGGACUCCCUUCUCUUCCCGGCGCUGGUCGUCUCCAGGGUCGUGUUCAUCCCCUUGCUGAUGCUCUGCAACGUCCAGAGUCGGUCCUUCCUGCCCGUCUACUUCCCCCAUGAUGCCGUGUUCGCCGUCAUCAUGGUCUUCUUCUCUCUGUCCAGCGGCUACUUUGUGUGCCUCUCCAUGUCCUACGCCCCGCAGUUGGUGGAGCCCAAGGACGCCGAGACAGCUGGAGCCCUCAUGACCUUCUUCCUGGCCCUGGGUUUGUCCAUAGGAGCGGCCCUGUCCUUCGCCCUGCGAGCCCUGGUCUAGAAAUACACACACACACACACACACACACAUGCAUACACAGACACAAAGACUCGCACCUUUAACCCGAGAGAGGGGCUGGACUGCUGAUGGUGAGCAGUGAGGCUCAGAUCACAGCAGGGCUGGGUUAAAAAAAAUCAAUUUAAUCGAUUUCCCUUUAGGUGGUUCGAUAUCGAUUCAUAAAAUCCAAAAAUCAGUCUUUUAAUUUAACUAUUUUUUUUCUUCUUUGGACGCGUGAUCAGCAUUUAGCGCUGCAUUUCAUGGCAGAUGUUGUUGCUGCCAGCAGUCAAACAACAUGGCUGGAGCGAGCGCACCACUGAAGGCACCGCCAGCCAGUUUAAAAGCUCAUGUUUGGAUGUGUUUCGGAUUUAACAACAAGCACAAGGAAAACGACGAGUUGGACAAAAAAACAAGCAAUAUGCAAGAUAUGCAACGGAAAGGUAAAAUACUGUGGAAAAAAAAAACAGUCGGCACGGCUCAGACAAACCAACCUGGAGCAGGUGUUGGCGCGUAAGUUACCAGCAAACUCUCAGCGUGCAGAGAAAUUAACCGAGGCUGUUGCUGUUUUUAUAUGCAAGGACCUACGACCAUACAGCGUCGAAAACGAUUUCCGAAGCCUCAUUAAAACUCUGGAGCCACGCUACGACACGCAAACAUUUAAGUGAAGUGACAACCCCAAGCAUGUAUGCAGGUAUUAAACAAAGAAUUUUUUUUGUAUCCAAGUAAAGUUGGUAUUUUAACUGAAAAAUCCCUGACUGAAUCGAUAUCAAAUCGAAUCUUGAAUCGAAUCGAAUUGGGACCUUGUAAUAUCGAAUUGAUCUGGAAAAUCUGAAUCGAUACCCAGCCCUAGAUCACAGAGCGCCACUUUCAGCCCUACGUGACUGUCAAGACUGCAGGAGGUGUAAAUAAGGGAAACGUGUUACACGCCGUGCUGUCUGUGUAUGCGGCAGCCUGAGCGCACAGGCUUAGACUCCUCAUUUCAGAUUGUGAUGGGCGAACCCACCGCUUUUCACGAAGUUAUUUUUCUGGACCUUCAGUUGUUGUUGUGUCUGUGUUCCGUUUCAUUUAAAAGUAAUGUGUUUAGGUCAUUAAUCUCAGCGAAUCACAGCAAAAGGGAAAAACCCUCGAGUUGGUUUGUGGAAGCGUUUGUUGUUGUUUUUGUUUUGUUUUGUUUUUUGCCCAGUAGGUAGAUUAAAAAUCAUUGUUCCUGAUAGGAAAGACAAUUGUUUUUUUGUUUUUUUUUCACCCCACCACUAAGCUCUGUGAUAACAGACGCUUACAUGUCCGAUUUGAUUUCUUUUAUUUUGGAUUCUGACUGUAUUACAGGGCUUUGCUUCGUUAAGUGAGUGAGUCUUCUUUGUCUUGGAUUAGUUACAGCAAAGCUUUUUUGUUUCAUAUUUCUUCAUACCGCGGCUCUGGGCUACGCAGGAAGAACAAUCUUUUAGUUUGUUGUCGUUUUGUUUACCAAGGGAAGGAUGCCUGACCAGGUUUGGUCUCUUUCAGCACCACCUUUUUUUUUUUUUUUUUUUUUUUUUUUCCUUUUCCAUUUGUAAGCUGACACUCCUUUGAUCCCCCAGCCAUCUACUGCCACCUGUUGAUCAGUUGUUUUGGCCACCAUUAAAGCUGCUGCUGCCCCCUGCUGGCUUUGCUCUCCUCUGAUCCUCUCAACACUAUCACAUUGAAACUUUUGACACUAGUGGGCUUUGGCAACAAGUUCAUAGAAUUAUAUACAUACACACCUGAUUGCAGUCGGUAUCAAGUCUCUCCUGCAGUGGAAUUAACAUUUCAUUAUGCCUGCUCUUAUUGUGAAGGCCCACUGGUUGAUGCAGACAUGAAACACAAUGCUUUUCUAAAUGUACACACUCCACUGGGCAAAAUAAGAAAACUACUCAUCUAAGGUUAUGUAAAACAUGCCAUUUAUUUUUAUGUACCAUUUUCUUUCAAACAGAACUGUGAUGCAUUUCAAGCCGAUACCAAUAUCUCAUUUCUAAAGCCGAUAUGGGCCGAUGUCAUGCAGUUAUUGUGAAUUCCUAGUGUGUAUCUUAUAAACCCCAUUUUUGGUGGUAGAUUGGUAACUCCUUUUUUGUUUUACAUGUAUGUAUGUCAGUGUAAUCAAGUAUUAAGGGAGAACAAUUGGGUAAAAAAAAAAAAAAUGCUGGGGACAUUACAAAGGCCAAGCAAUAAUUCUGUUGUAAUGUUUUUGCUCCUGAGGGAGAGAGAGAUACGUACUGUAACAGAGUUGACAAGAAUGAAUUUCAUGUUCUUGGUUUUUCUUUUUUGUUUAACAUUGCUACCUGUGAACCAUGUAGCAAGGAAAGAGCCUACAUCAGUAAAGAUGGUGUUUUUUGUAAAUAUUUCAUUGAUUUUUUUUUUUUUUAUCUUUAUUUUCUUUUACUUUUUUCAUUUAGCCUAAUGUAGGUGUAGAAGUAACAUUCUUUACCUUUUUUCCUUGUCCUGCUCAUUUUCAAUUAGCUGAUCAACCUUUUAGUUUAUUUCCUCAGAUGCUUGAAGUGUUUUUUUGUUUUGUUUUAUAUUUCAUUCCCUGGUUGGGUGUCAGGAAUGGUUGUACAUGAGGUUAAGAAGGCUGAACCAAGGGCUGUAUGGGACCAAGAGUCCUAAAGCAUUUGUGGAGCAAUAUUUGUGAGAUAUUAAGAUGACUCGAUGCAUGCUGCAUUCACAUCCUGGGGUUUUGUCUACCUUUACUCCUCAUGGGAUUUUGGGAAAGAAUCCUCCUUGAAUGAUUAGAUGUAGAUCCUGCUAAAUAGGGCAGGCACAGGUACUUAAGUACGUGCAGCUGUUGUUCUGUCACAGUCCACCGUAAGACCAACCCAAUGUUACGAGGUUUUGCUGUGUUCAUGUCCUAAAGGAUUGGAUGGAAACAGGAGCUGCUAAUUGGGAAACGCAGUCGGUGAUGUAGUAACAUUCAGUCCAAUCCUGCUGUGACCUGAACACAUCAUGAACAUUCUGUGUGAUGCGUUACGUGAAACUGGUUUGUGCAUCUUGAAAACACGGACAUGACAGCCCGAGAACAGAGCGGCUCGUCACUGCAACCAUGGAAGUGAUGGUACUGCCAGAGCAUCUACCAGGCGGUACAGUGAAGUGUAUCAUGCCUGUGCACGUGGAUGUAUCUGUAUAGUUUUGAUUGUGCCAUUAAAUGGAUUCUUUUAUAAACUGG